AAAACUGGGCCAUGGCUCACUGUCGUACACAACGUAUUUCAGGAAGAAGUUGGCGCCUGAAGCCCCACAUCCUGUUAGCCUAAACGCUACACAAACUAUGCGUUACACUCCAUCUUAAUGCUUUCCUUUUCUUUUGUUCUAACUGAAUUAAUCCAAAAUGGACAACAUGGAAUUUGUUCCCUUUUCUUCACUGGCACUCUUGGUUCCACCUUUACGAUUGAUGUCUGCAGCGAUGUGGGAAGUUGUGCGUCAGCGUAACGUAAAGCACUAUGGGAAACUGGAGGAGUUUGUUUCUAUGGUAACCGACGCAGUUCCUGAACUUAUGAGUAAAAGAGAAGGGAGGCUGCUCUCACUGGGAUUAAGGGCAAGGACGACUCUUGAGCUGUUGCGUUCUAAGCAUCCUGAAGAUCUCAAGGCUGUUGAGACCCACCUUAAUCGAAUUCAAUCUACAUGCAUCGAGGAGACCAAUGAUUCAAUUACGGAAGCACCAGAAGCAAAUUUCAUGAAACUAGUCCAAGGCCUGAUCGAAGACACCAAUGGCCGAGAACAUUUCCUUAAGAAUGUGUUUCCAGUAGAGUAUGGUCCUGAUUUUGACACAGCACUGGAAACUUUAGUUUGUGAAUUCUUCUCAAGACUGGAGGAACUCCUGCCAGUGCCAGAUUUUAAACAGACCGCUUGCUGGAUCAGUGCUGCCCCCUCUGUCCUGGAGGAGUACAUGCAGUGUGUUUCAAGUGGCGAGGACUUGAAAUUUCUUCUCCAGAGCAAACAGUGCAAUGGGAAAUUGGCGAAAAGUAACAUUGUUCCGUUUCAGUCAGAGGAUCUUCUCAUUCCCUCCUUGUCUCUUCCUCCAUCGCUAGAGGUAGCCAUUGCUUCCCACGCGAGUGCUUGCGAGGAUGAAAAUAACGAAGUUCCUCAGAUAGUCAUGUUUGACGAAGAAUUGUCGACAAACCCACCUUCUGCAACCGAGUUUCCCGAAUCCCCCAAAAGGACUGAAUUGUCAUUGUCCCCCCACAACAGACCCCAACCGGGAAUGCAUAAAUGCACCGAGUGCAACAAAUGUUUCAAACAUCACUCCGUCCUCAUUGAACACCAGAGGGUUCACACGAGGCUCCAUCCUUUUAACUGCUCCGAGUGUGGGAGAGCUUUUAGAACGGCUACGUUGCUGGCCGGCCACAGGUUGCGCAAGUGCAAAAACGCCGCAUAUCUUUGUAUCAAAUGCGGGAAGAGCUUUCCGACCUCGCUGGAAAAAUUCAGGCACCACUGUCCGAAGCGUGGCCGUAUUUAUGACUGCGCCCAGUGUGGCAAGACUUUUCAGAAGUCCAGCAGUUUGAAAGAGCACUUACGAACGCACGUUGACAAUCGACUCCUCAAGUGCAGCCACUGCGGUUCGUGUUUCUCUGGAAUCAGUGACCUGAAGUAUCAUCAACAGGUCGAUCACGAUAAACCAUACCAAUGCAAACGAUGCGGCAAAAGUUUCAUCUCUUCCAAGUGUCUGACCAAACACCAGCAGAGGCAUCAGGACGCGAACCAGGAAGUGGAACCUGCCAAAACGACCGGAGGCAAACACAGGAAAAGUAUUUCGGUGCAUCUGACUUCUGGACAAUCGCUGUCAUCGAGAAAGACUUCCGCCAAAACCGUCUACCCCCGGGGCGGAGUUAUCCAUAACUGUCCACUGUGUGGAAGGAGCUUCAAGUAUCGCUUUGAAUUUCUGGAACACCAGAGGUUUCACACGGCGGUGAAACCGUACAAAUGCUCCCAGUGUGGAAAAGCCUUUCGCACCGAGGUUCACUUGUCCGGGCACAGGAGAAGGAAGUGUAACAACGCCGCCCACAUCUGCAACAAGUGCGGCUGUCAAUUCAGGUCUCUACACGAGCGCACCAGACACCAGUGUGUGCAGUUGCUGACCAGGUACGAGUGCUCUCAUUGCGGAAAGACUUUCAAAAUGGCUCAUUUGUUGAGGAACCACCAAAUGACCGAGCAUCAACUCCCCUACAGCCCCAAUCACCGCUUUAGGUGUAGAUACUGUGAUGAGACAUUCCAAGGGAUAAGCGAACUAAAGUAUCAUCAACGAGUUGAUCACGAAAAACCCUAUCAGUGUCAGGAAUGCGGAAAGUGUUUCUUGUCUGAAAAAUGCCUGGCCAAUCACGAGCAGCGGCACAACAACGACAGACCGGAGAGCUGCCUCGUCUGCGGCCGUGGCUUUAGGAAUCGCUACGACUUGAAGCAGCACAUGCGCACUCACACGGGAGAGAGACCGUACCAGUGCACUCACUGUUCACAGUGUUUCUCCACUGCGGGAGGACUGAGGAGUCACACGAGGGUGCACACGGGAGAGAAACCUCACGUUUGCCCCGACUGUGGGAAGGGCUUCUCCCAAAUAGGCGCCAUGCGAACACACAGGCUCACCCACACGGGAGAGAGGCCUUUCAAGUGCACAGUGUGCGGCAAAGGUUUCACAAUGGCACACAAGGUCACGGUUCAUAUGCGCGUCCACACCGGAGAGCGACCGUACGUCUGCUCGCAGUGCGGGAAAGCGUUUUCAGACGGAAGUGUGCUGAAACAGCACAUGCUGAAUCACUCAGGGGUCAGGCCGUACCAGUGCCACAUCUGUCCAAAGACUUACACCUGUCUGAAUCACCUGAGGCGGCAUCUGAAAAGCCACUCUAACAUGACCUGACGCUUUUUUUUUUUCUCUUUCCCACAAAGACGUACUCAUUCGGAGACUUCCUUUGUAUGAGUGUGUGCUGACGUUCUCUUCAAACUUAAUCCAGCAAUACUAGAGAAGGCGUGUUAACCAAUGUCCAGUGGAUGCCGAUGCUGUUUGAUUUGUUAAUUAUUAUAAACUUAUGCAAAUAGUGCUAACUCUGCGGGCGAUCAAAGAAAUGAAAUAAAAUGUGUAUUGAAAAAAAAGCAACAUAAUAAAAUGCUGUGGCUGCAGAAA